CGUGAAACAAACGUCCGCCCGCCCGGUCCCGGGGCUGUGUUCCGUCCGUUGUCGGUGUCGCGAGGUGUAACAGCAGUCUGAAAGUGAACCAAAGUGCUUAUUUUACCCCGUUACCAAGAGUGUGUGUGUGUGUGCGCGCGCGUGUGGGGAAAAAAAUGAUACCUUAGGCAGGUGGUGUUUAUCCGAGACCAAUCCUCCCAAGCCGAGAUGUGUUACAACGGGCGUGUAAAUCCCGUCACGAGCGUGUUAUUUAAAACACCACCAGGCAUCAAAAUGGUCCUAGCCCGUGACAGCGUGCCGUUUGUGAUCCAGUGAGGUGCGUCCGCGUGUAAAAGUGGCCCCGGCCGGAAAAGCAAGUGCGAAAAGGAAGUUGAAGGGCUCUAGUGGGCCCUGUGGGGAGGGAAAGAAGAAGAAAAGGAAGAAGUGUGUAAAAAGCAACCAAAAAAAAAAGUGAAGAAGUAAAAGCAACAUUUACCACACGGCAAACUAACCCUGCACGAGGGAUGCACGAGGAAGCGACCUCGACGGCUAGUUCGUCCUCGCCCAAAGCGACCUCGAACAUCGUGUACGCGAACGGUGGUGGUAUGCUGCUGUCCACCUCACCCACACCCGGUCCCGGAGUGGCCUCAUCGUCCUCAUCCGCGUCCUCAUCGUCAUCAUCUGCAUCGUCCUCGUCGUCGUCGUCCGCCCUGUACGAUGUGGUGGUGCAGCAGGAUCUCCUUCUCACGAGUGGCCAUCACGGUGCAGCUUUCCAUGGUCACCAGCAGCUGCAGGCACCACCACCACAGCAGCAGCAGCAGCUCCACCAUCCGCAACAUUCCCAGCAAGCGUUACAGCACGCAACGUCAAACUUGUCUACAGUGGCUACCAAAAUAAUCGUUACCGGUUCGGGUGCAGGCAUGCACCACACUAUGCAGCAGCAGCAGCAGCAGCAGCAACAGCAGCAUCACCUGCAACAUGGGCACCCGCAACACCAUCAUCAUCAUCAUCAUCACCAUAUGCAUCAGCAACACCAGCAGUCGCAGCAGCAGCACCAGCAGCAACAUCAUCAUCAUCAUCACGUGCAUCAUUCUCAGUCACAGCAGCAGCAUCAUCAGCCAAGUUCCUCCACGAACGUGAUCGUGAGUGGUUCGAGUCACGGAUCACCUCUACUGGUGCAGGCCAGCUCUAGUGGUGUUUCGGAUCUGCUCCUUGGGCAGGAUCCAAUCACAACUACGACGGUGGCAACGACAGCAGCCACUCUCAUCGCUCUCACCCCCGACGACGUGGUGGAAUCGGUGAUCGAUGGUCGGGUGGUGACGGAUGAGGACACGCUCCUUAGCACACUCGCCGGUGCCACCAGUGUCGGGGUGGAUGGGGUGGGAGUGGAUGAGGUCGAGGAUCAUGUAGUUUCGAUGGUGGCCGCAACCGUCGGUCCCGAUGGGACGCUCCUUUGUGGUGAUCCUCUGCAAGGACCUCAUCAUUCACACCAGCAGCAGCAACCGAGUUCCUCCUCGUCCAGUAUUACGCUCGUUCCGGGUGCGACGAUCCUGCCUCUAACGGCGGCUACGACAUCCUGUGUCCUGGCGGUGACUACGCGAUCACCAGCGUCCUCUACCACAUCCGCAGCAUCGGCACCCUCGUCGUCGUCCUCCUCCUGUACGUCUUCGUCGGCGACGUCCUCGUGUUCGAUUGGCAGCACUUCCACUACUGCCACGGCGGCCGUUGCGGUUGCGGCUGUCGGGAGUAGUGCAGGAGUUGCUAGUACCGAGGCUGGUGUCGUUAUGUCGGAGUUGGGAGCGAGUAACGGCACCUCACACCUGACCGAGGCGAUCGAGAUCAAGAUUCCGGAGGAUGACGGUGGCAGCUUCGGUGAGGAUUCGGACGGUGGUGGUGGUGGCGGUGGUGGUGCCGGAGGUCCUUACCAUCACACCGGAAGCGACGGGGGUGGUGGUGGUGGUGGUGGCGGUGGCGGCGGAGGCGGCAACAGCAACGGCAGCAGCAACGGAGGUGGUCAAGUUGGUGGCGGUCAACCAACGGGCGGUACAUCCUCGGCGGCAGCGGCAGCGGCAGCAGCCUAUCUGGCGAUACCGGCCUCAGAGCUGUGCCCGGUGUGCGGCGACAAGGUGUCCGGCUACCACUACGGGCUACUAACGUGCGAAUCGUGCAAGGGCUUCUUCAAGCGCACCGUCCAGAACAAGAAGGUCUACACGUGCGUUGCCGAGCGGCAGUGUCACAUCGACAAGACGCAGCGGAAGCGCUGCCCGUACUGCCGCUUCCAGAAGUGUCUCGAGGUCGGCAUGAAGCUAGAAGCCGUGCGAGCCGAUAGGAUGCGUGGAGGACGUAACAAAUUCGGACCCAUGUACAAGCGAGACCGAGCGCGAAAGCUACAGAUCAUGCGCCAACGUCAGCUCGCCCUUCAGGCCCUCCGUGGCUCGAUCGGUGGUGGUGUUGGCAUCGGAACUCUCGGAUCGGACGGCGUCUCACCGCAAUUGCAGGGUCUGGACUACCACCAGCCGUA